GCUGCGCGGAGAGCGGGUGCCCGCACCCCGGCGCCGCAUCCGCAGGCAGCCGGCGGGACCGGGCCGCCGUAGCCAUGUUGAGGCGGAUUUUGCAGCGGACUCCAGGCAGAGUUGGGUCGCAGAGCUCAGAUUCGGAUUCCUCUGCAGCCCCAGGAAAUGCAGUGGAUGUGAACAAUGAAAGCACUUCAGAGGGCUUCAUCUGUCCACUGUGUAUGAAAAUGUGUGUAAGUGCCACUAGUCUGUCUGAACAUUACCAGAAUGAACACAUUGGGACAGAGACAAGAAGACAGGAGCAUCAUGACCUGCCCGCUGUUACUGGCUUUAUUUGUCCUCUGUGUAUGAAAUCUCAUGGAUCUGCUGAAGAACUUUUCAAGCACUAUGAAGUAGUUCAUGGAUCUGGCAUCGAUUCAAGUCAUGGAGGAGACGAGCAUCCUUCACCGAAAAGCAAUGAAAUAUCACUACUCCGACAAGAAGUCCAAGAUUUGCAAGCUUCACUUAAGGAGGAGAGAUGGUACUCAGAAGAGCUGAAGAAAGAAUUAGAAAAAGUGCAGCGCCAGCAAGAAUCUAAGCCUGAUGGAGUGACAACUGCUGCAUCUACAGAAUCAUUAGAACGGCAACUUGAAGAGACCCAAGUAGAAAAUUUUAAUAUUAAGCAGAUGAAAGACCUGUUUGAGCAAAAAGCUGCACAGUUGGCUACUGAGAUUGUAGAUAUUAAGGCAAAGUAUGAUGAGGAAAUGAGUCUUCGAGAAAGUGCAGAGCAGAAAGUGACAAACCUGAUGCAAGAACUACAGAAAGAGAGAGCCAUAAUAGAAGAUUUAAAGACUGAAUUGCUGCAAAGGCCUGGUGUGGAGGAUGUUUCUGUUUUAAAGAAGGAGCUGGUCCAAGUUCAGACAUUGAUGGACAAGAUGACUUUGGAGCGUGAGAGAGAGUCAGAGAACCUGAAAGAUGAGUGCCAGCAUUUGCAGGCAAAGUAUGCGAACUCAGAGGCCACCAUAAAUCAGCUAAGGGCUGAGCUUGCAAAAGGCCCUCAUGAGGUUGCUGUGUAUGUGCAGGAACAGCAAAAACUUCAAAGUUCAGUUAAUGAAUUAGCACAGAAAAACCAGAGUCUGACAGAAAAGCUGCUGAAGAAAGAACUUGAUUACACCCAGUUAGAAGAAAGGCACUAUGAAGAAUCAGUGAGUAAAAAAAAUAUGCAGGCAAGCCUUCACCAAAAGGACCUGGACCUGGAGCAGCUUCGAGCAAGGUUGUCUGCCUCUGAAGCCUCAUUGCAGAGGUUACAGACAGAACUGGAUGAGAAGGGGGAAGCAAGCCACAAACUUAAGGAAGAAUUGUCAGAAAUAGAGACAAAGUAUCAGCAUCUCAAGGCAGAGUUUAAACAGCUACAACAGCAGAGAGAGGAGAAAGAACAACAUAGCCUACAACUGCAGAGUGAGCUUAAUCAGUUGCACAGUAAACUUCUGGAGACAGAACGCCAGCUAGGGGAAGCACAUGGUCGACUGAAAGAACAGAGACAAGUCUCUAGUGAAAAACUGAUGGACAAGGAACAGCAGGUGGCUGAUCUGCAGUUAAAACUUUCUCGUGCUGAAGAGCAGCUAAAGGAAAAAGCAGCAAAUUGCACUGAAUUACAGCAUCAGUUAGAUAAAGCAAAACAGCAGCAUCAGGAGCAACAAACUCUUCAGCAAAACACUACAGCAAAACUCCGAGAAGCCCAGAAUGAUUUGGAACAAGUACUGCGUCAGAUAGGAGAUAAGGACCAAAAAAUUCAAAACCUUGAGGCCUUGCUACAAAAGAGUAAAGAGAACAUCACCCUGUUAGAAAAAGAAAGAGAGGACUUGUAUGCGAAAAUUCAAGCAGGGGAAGGAGAAACUGCAGUGCUGAACCAGCUGCAAGAGAAAAAUCAUACUUUGCAAGAGCAGGUAACUCAGCUAACAGAAAAGCUGAAGAAUCAGUCGGAGAGCCAUAAACAAGCCCAAGAGAAUUUGCAUGAGCAGGUGCAAGAGCAGAAGGCACAUCUGAGAGCUGCUCAGGACCGUGUGCUCUCCCUAGAAACAAGCAUUGGUGAACUAAAUAGUCAGCUAAAUGAAAGCAAAGAGAAAGUAUCCCAGCUUGAUAUACAGAUAAAAGCAAAGACUGAAUUACUGCUUUCAGCAGAAGCAUCAAAAGCCGCACAAAGAGCAGAUCUUCAGAAUCACUUGGACACAGCCCAGAAUGCACUGCAAGAUAAACAACAGGAGUUAAAUAAGGUCAACACUCAGUUAGAUCAGGUUAUGGCUACGCUGCAUGACAAGCAAGAAUAUUGUACACAGCUGGAAGCCAAUCUUAAAGAGUAUAAAGAGAAACGUCUUUAUUUAGAACAGAAAACGGAGGAGCUGGAGGGACAGCUUAAGAAACUUGAAGCUGACAUUCUUGAGGUUAAAGCAAGCAAAGAACAAGCUCUUCAGGAGCUACAGCAGCAAAGGCAGCAGUGUACAGAUCUAGGCCUCAGAACAACAGAACUGACUAAACAGCUUGAAGCAGAAAGAGAAGUUGUAUCUAGUACUAAAUUGGAUUUGGAGAAGAAAUCUGAUGCACUGGAACAAGCAAAACAGCAAUUAUCAAAGCAAGGGGAAGAAAAAGCGAGCCUUAAACGGGACCUUGAGAAAUUAAAUCAAGAGACAAAUAAACAACGAAAGGAACUAGAUGGCAAAAUUCAAGCAGCAACAUCAGAGCUGCAGAAAAUGAAGUUGGAGAAAGACACUUUAUUGAAAGACCUUACAGUUACCAAAGACAAAUUAUCAAAAACCAUUGAAUCCUUGAAGGAUAUAAAGGAUGAAUUGGAAAAGGAGAAACAGAAAGGAAAAGCCGCUGUAGCAGAAAUGGAAAAAUCUUGCCAAGAAACUAAACACCAGCUUCAAGUACAGACAGAGUCUGUAGCUAAAGAACGGAAUGAGUUAAAAAACUCACUGGAAAAACAGGAAGGGAUUUCUAAACAGCUGACAAUAGAGCUUGAUUCAGCACGAGGACAAAUACUGGAGAUUCAGGGUGUCCUAAAAGACAAGGAAAAGAAUGAGCAGCAUCUCCAGGGAAAGCUGAAAGAAUUGAAGGAAUCGUUUGAUCAGAAGAGAAGGCAGACUGAAACACAGCAAGCUGAAUUAAAAGGUGCUCUUUUAGAAAAGGCAGAACUAGAGAAUAAAUUACAGCAGCAAGUGACAUUAUCAGCACAGGAGCUUAAAGCAGAGAAAGGAAAACUAGCAGAGCUCCAGAAGAUCCAUGAAAAAGAUCAGGAAAAUAUGAAAGAACUUCAGCUGGAUCUUUAUGGUAAAGAAUCUGAGCUGUUGGCAACAAGGCAAGACCUUAAGUCCACAGAGGAGAAACUUGCUCUGGGUCAAGAGGAAUUAGUUUCAAACAGAAAUCAAAUUGGUAACCUUAAUCAGUUGAUCCAAGAACUUAAGACUAUAAAGUCUACUCUGGAGCAGGAGGUGUCAAAGAAAGAACAGCAGCUGAAAGAACAGAACAAAAUGUUACAGGAAAUCCAGAAAGACAAGGUUUUGAAAGAAAAAGAUUUGAUUAAUGAAAAAUCUAAAACAACAGAGCUCCAGGAAAUAAAGAGUAAGCUGGAAAAAGACAGUACUAAAUUGAGUGAAGAGCUUAGGACCUGCAAGCAAGAAUUUGAGAAGGAGGUGACAAAUCUAAAGGAUGCGAAGCAGCUAUUGAUUCAACAGAAACUAGAGCUGCAGGGCAAAGUAGAUAACAUGAAUUUAGCUCUUGAACAGGAGAAGAAGAAUCAGCAAAUUAUCAAAGAUCAGCUGAAAAAAAAAGAGGAAGAACUGAAGAAGGAAUAUGUUGAGAUUGAAACUAAACUGCGCACAGAGAUAAAAGAGAAAGAAGAAGAAAACAGAAAACGUGAGGAGGUGGAAGCCAAGCUCACGAUGCAGAUCACAGCUCUGAAUGAAAAUCUCGCUACAAUGAAGAAAGAGUGGCAGAGCAGUCAAAGGAGGGUCAGUGAGCUAGAGAAACAGAUGGAUGAUUUGCGUGGGGAGAUUGCAGUUUUAGAAGCAACAAUACAAAAUAAUCAGGAUGAGAGGAGAGCAUUGCUGGAGAGGUGUAUAAAAAGUGAGGGAGAAAUCGAAAAGCUUCAAGCCAAACUCCUGGAACUGAAAAAAAAGCUGGACAAUACAACUGCAGCAAUGCAAGAGCUAGGCCGAGAAAACCAGUCGCUACAGAUCAAACACACACAAGCCCUCAACAGGAAAUGGGCAGAAGACAAUGAGGUACAGAAUUGUAUGGCCUGUGGGAAAGGCUUCUCAGUGACAGUCAGAAGGCAUCACUGUAGACACUGUGGAAAUAUCUUUUGCGCUGAGUGCUCUGCAAAGAAUGCCUUAACUCCUUCUUCUAAGAAGCCUGUCCGUGUCUGUGAUACUUGCUUUAACGACUUACAAGGAUAACUGGUUAUCUCAAAUGGCACUUAAACGUUACGCUAGAAUUAGAAUUUCUGUUGAUGCACUUCGUACAGCACUCAGACUACUAUUCAGUUUGAACAAUGAUUGUAACACUUGCAAAAUUUAGUAUAUUUUAAAAUGUUUUAUUGAUACUAAGUAAAACUAUUGUAUUCUUUGUGAGACGGGCUCAGAUCAUCCUCAGCUUAUUGCCAUUUACCCAGGAAAGAGCUUUUAUGUCUACUUUAGGAACACCUAGUUAUUUGUAAAUAAAGUUUAAACAGAGAAGUAACAAUGUAUUUUUUUAAUCUUUAAUUUUUGUGUUCAGAAGAAACAUGUAUGUGAUAUUGCAGUUUUUGUUUCUUUCAAAACAGUAAGUUGCAAAAAUUUGCAAGGAUUUUGUGUAUCAAAUAUUGCUGUUUCAGUGGCAUAAUUAGAUUUUAAUUGUUGCAUUUGAUUGCAUAACUAACAUUCUUUUAACUCCCCUAGUAAUUUCUUUAGGAGUUUUUCUCCUCUCUUGCUCUUGAAUUUUUCUCUCUAAGGCUCCAAUCCUGCAGUGAGGGCAAACACCUGUACCCACAUGGAACCCUGCUGACCUGCAGGGGGUUCUGUAUGGUCACAGCAGUCUGGCCACAUAGCGUUUAUUUCAGUAUCAGUGCCUAAAUCAUCACCCAGCUACAGCAUUUGGAUAUUGGAGUAUCUGUAUGUGUACUGUAAGGUACUUGCAAUUGUACAGACAAGCUAGAAACAGGACUGCAAGUUUGGCUUCUGUUCUAGGAAUGUUGCAUAAAGCUCUCCCAUACUGAUUUAUAGACUGGUUGAAUAGAAUAUAACUUUCUAGAUUUUCCUAUCUGUGGACAUAUAAAAAAAUUAUCCUCAGUUCUAUUCUUUUUCUUUCCCUACUAACCACGGAAGCCCUUAAAGGUCCUUGGUUGGUCUUUAAGGAAUACCCAACUGUCCUAUGCUAGAUUUCCUACUAAUGAGCAAUAUUUGGAGACUCAAGCAUUUUAUAUGAUCUUCUUUUUGUCCCCCACAUUAACUGGAAGAGGUUGGAAUUAUUCUCUCCCUAACUGACCUGGUCUUUCCGCUGCUUCUCCUGAACCUGUGGUGCUGGCAUUUUUCUUAAUCCUGGGUCUUUCUUGGUACAAUAGUUUCGUGAUUUGGCCUGCUCAGAAUAGUGGUUGAACCUGCUGCUGUUUUAUUUAUAUACAAAACAGUCAGACUUAAUUAAGAGAUGAGGAUAUAAUUUUAGCCUUCGUUACUGUCAUAUUUUCUUCUCCCUACUUGUGCUGAAGGAGUUUUUAAAAGUGAUGCAUAUAUGUACCUCUCUUUGUUGUGUAGGCCGAAAAAGUAAAAUGUACAUACCUGUAAUUUUUCCUUCUCUGAAGUGGGCUCCUGCUGCUCUAUGAUCCAUUACAACUGGGUUAUUCCUCAUCUUCCAGACCCAUUGCCUCUCUAGCUCCCCUGCUAACUGCCCAAGGUAAAAAGACUUUAACUAUAAGUUCUAAUGAAUAAAUAUUAUGAUCUCCAUUCAUGCCAUCUUAUUGAAGGCAUGAAUUAACAACCUCAGAAAUGGUAGAGUAACCCUCAGUUUAUUGAACUCUCCAGCCUCAUGGUUGUGAAGACCCUGCUGCUUCUACAGCUGCAGCUUUUUCUUCUGCCCCAUUCUAUGUGACCUGCCCCUUGAAGAGAUAGGGAAUGUUUUUAAAACAAACAAACCUGCUUUCUGCAUAUUUAUAUAGGCAAGUAUUAAGGGGGGAAAGAGUAGAGUUGGGCAUGAGCACUCAUGAUUGAAGUCUCUUACUUAUGCAGUAAUACUCUGUGAGCAUUAAAGCUUUUUUUAAAGUGGAUUUACAGAUAUACAACAAAAUUAUGUACUUUCCUUCCUUAAUGCUUAGUGCAAGAUCACAGACCUGGCAGGCUGGUGGUCUGAGCAACUGGACACUCUCAGCAGUAUUGCUGGCAGGCCAGGCCACUAUGGUGCGCAUGAAGGGAAAGUGGAAGGAGAAAAAUUUAAUCGCACCUCUGCCUGUAGAUUCCAGCUGACAUUGGUAAGAAAAACAAUUGGCUGGUGUGUAGUACAAAGAUAUGUGAGGUAAAACCCACUGACCUAAAGGAGGCCAGACAGGAAAGGCAGUGGUAGGUUAGCAGAGAAAGGUCAUGCUGCAUAAACCAAUGUGAAGGAGCUGAAAGGGGGAAUAUAGUCAGUGCUCAGAACCCUGAGUCUGCCUUGAUAUAGUGGUGAAUGGUAAUAAAUAUGGUGAAUCAGAGCCAUUGGAGUGGGGAUUUUUUGAAACUAGUUUUUAACUGUAGGAGUCAGAACUGCCCUCAGAGAGAGGGGGCUGACAGAACCAUUGAGGGGGAAGGGCUCAGCACAAAAAGAACUGGCUAAGGCUAUUUCUGGAACAACUGGGCCAAAGAAGUCUGAAAGGAGUGGGAGGUCCUGCCCCAUGGGAUUUUCCUAACCCUCUGACUAACUGGCUGGAUAUCUUCCUUGGCACCAUAUUUCACCCCAGUCAGAACAGAAAAAUGGCCAAGGACCUCUGACUUAUUGCUUUCAAAUACCAUUUCCUGUUGGUGAACAUAAAUUAAGGCUUGCCUGCCACAUUUCUGCUGUUGGAGUCAGCCCUUGCUGGUAUGUUUGUUUCACCUUGGCCUGGAGUUCUGAGUAGCCUAGGACCACUGGCUUGGAGAUCCUGCUGAGCCAGCUUCUGUUGCUGCAUUUCUGCCCCAAACAGCUAAAGCCAUAUGCCACAUUGUUGUACAGGAUGGAAGGCAGUAUAGUAGUGUGUAACUGGGUCUGAGCAGGAGCUCCUUUGAUCUUAGCUGCUACCUUGCUAUGUUUUCUCCUCUAGUGCUGGUUUCCUGCAGACUCCUGUAGUCCAAAGAUCCUUCAUCUACUAGGAGACACCAAGGAGAAAGAGAAAUAUAAAAAAUUAUAAUGGAGAAAAGCUCCAAACUGAAGAUAGAAAGACCUGGAGGAAGCACCUGCUUCUGUGAGCAGAUUUGAGACACUAAAGAGUUAGAGAAGCAGUCACUUUUCUGACACACCUGCUGGUACUGGUAUGUGACACUAAAGAGAGAGAUGGGGGGGCGGGGGUUGUUUGUUUUUUUGAUUUUAAAGAGAACCCUGUUCUUGAAAGAUACGAACUAACCCAGUUGUAAUGGAUCCUGGAGUACCAGGUGCUUAUUAGGAGGAAUAAUUUUGUCACUCUUUGAAUGACUUAGACUGUUGAGAUCAUCUCACUGGAAAAUCUUUUCUUAGUGAAGCAGGAAAAGAUGUUUGGAAACAAAAAUGUGAAGUAGCUUUUUGCAAAUUAUUGCCAAAAAUGAUUGCUGUUUGCCAAACUGUUGCUUGACAUAAAAUAAGUGACCCCUAAAGCGGAAUAUUCUCCAGAGCGCAGUAAGGGCCCCAUGAAACUCAAGUCCUUUCUAGUUUGUUAAUGUAAUUUAAAUGCAAUAUGGGAAUAAAUGCUUCUUACAACAUUUGAAAUUUAUGACAAAUACCUGGAGAUCAGAAGGAAAAUUCUGGAGCUUAAGACCAGAAGGAAAAUAAACAUUGUCUAGAGUGAUGAGUGAAAGCUCUGUAAUGACACUAUGAUUGGAAGAGGUUGAGAACUGAUGAAUUAAUUCAUUGCAACCUCCAAAAACCUCUGGAGGAGUAGGAAAUAUCAUUGUCACUUGCACUAUGCACUUUUUUCUUUCUAGCAUAACUGAAUAUAAUAUACAAUAAAUGGAAUGGCAAUUUUGAAUGCAUAGAUGUAGUAAUCAAUCCACAGUGGGAGAUAUUCUUAGCUGGAUUGCUCAUUGAACUAUAUAACUCCCCUUUGCUGUUAAGGGGAGUUGCACUCAUAAUUUCUCUGCACCCUAGGGGAGCAUAACCCAAGGACACACAUAACAAAGGAAUUGACAUGGUCUUUAAAAAGCACGGCUGUGUUUAUAAAGCUGUAUCUUAAGAUUUAAAAUGAUAUAUGAAUUGUACAUAUUUUAAAAAAAAAUCAUGCUAAUCUGUUUUCAUUCUCCAAGUAGGAACUCUUGUACUCACUUUAGAUUAUAGAGUAAGUUUGAAACUAACAUAUAUACAUAGUUACACCAGAAGUCACUAAAUGGUUUACUUUUCAGAAAUAGUAAUAACAGAAAAGUAAAAUUCUUGUAGAGAAACAUGUACCUUUAUUUGUCAGUCCCGUCUCCCCUCCCCCUAGGGGCUCUAAAUAAAGCCAUUUGCAUUUUUAGAGAGAGAAAACAUAACACACCACUUACUUUAAGAUUUUAAGAAAACAAAGAGAUUUACUAGUAGUAAACAUUAACCAUUUCUGCUUUUGUUCACAGCAUACCGUAUUAUACUAUGCACUCAUCAUACAGCAGGUUCAUGAGUAUCUUUUCACUGGAUUACAUAGAGGACAUUUGAAGAUAUUAAAUAGGAAAACUCUCUGAUGUUUAACCUCUCUGAACAGUGUUGUUUUAGACGCAAAAAAUUUGGUGAAGUUUCCUCUCCCCCCGCCUCCCAAAUUUAAAAAUAAAACCCCAGUCUUUUUUGCAUGCUUUUUGGGGUGGGGAUGGGAGUUAAAGAGGUGAAGAGAGUGGCUUGUGGAUAAUAUGUUCAUUGUUUAUAUGUCAACAGGCCAGUGCUGGCCGGUCCAGAGCUCCUACUGUUGGCUCUGUCGCAAAGUACUUUGUUGUAUCACCUUGUUAAAUCCCAACUCCUGGCACCAAAGGGAUAUUAUAAGACUGUCUCACUGGGCUAGUGAAUACCAGAACUUUUUAUAGAAAUGUGUUCAAAAUGCUGCUUGUAUAGGAUUUAUCACUUUUGUAAUAAAAUAAAAUAAAAUAAAAAAAUAAUCUAGCCCACCACUCGAUGCCAUAUAUGAUUUUAUUUAAACUACCUCUCAGUGUGUAAUUCAACCAAGUAGUCCAGUUUAAUAGGGUUUCCUCACUGUAGUGUUAUGUAACAGUUAUAGUGGCCAAAUUUGCAAGUGUCUGUCACCCAAAAAAAAAAAAGUAGUCUUUUAGUCUUUUUGUGUAUAUUUAAACAGUAUCCACUAAUUUCUAAUUAUUGUAGACUUGGUCGUUCUUUUUUAUUUCUGUAGUUUUAAUCCUACAACUCUAGCAGUUGGAGAGGAAAUAAAUCACUACCACAAACUUUCAUAGUUAUGGUCUGUUGGGUUACAACAGUGGUAUAGGGAGCUUUGUCAUAGCAUCAUCCACUAAUUAAUCCACUCUUAAUUUAGCCUUUUUUUCCCUGCACUCUAGAUACGAACUUCAUGAAUGGAUUUCUGUAGUGGACGCGUGCUACAAAUUAUAUUGCCUUGAUUGCCUCUUUUCUGAAUUUUGAUGAUCAUUUUAUUAUCGUUGCAGAUGUGAAUAUUGGGCAUAAAAUUGAAUAAUUUUCUGUGUAAUUGUAUAAAAUAGAAUUGAAAAAAAGCUUUAUGUUUUUAACCCACUCUUUAGAGAUAAUGUAUUACGUUUGCCUUAUGAUGCAGUUUUACCUAUGGAACACUGCACUUCUUUUAAACUGGGUCAUACACUCCUAAUGGGCAUACUACAAAACUUAACGUGUGUGUAGAUAGACUUUGCAUGAACAUUUUUUCAUCAACUUGAUUUCUAAGUCUUACUUUCAGUGUUGUGUUUACUAAUCGUGAUCAUGUAGUUGUGCCUUACAUUGUGAUAGAGUUUAGUCCAGUAUGCAGUGCAAUUCCUAAACUCUGCAGUUGGGUGGUGACUAAAGUUGUGGACAAGAAAAUGAUACCAUGCAUCAACUAAUUCUGUAUAAAGUAUGAUGGACAGAUGCUUGUUGAAAUGUUACUUUUGUUUUCUAAUCUGCUAAAGGAAUGAUAAUAAAAUUAGAUCUUUCUAAUAGA